CCCAUCUGCUAUCUCGCUUUGUCCCAUCGUAAAAUAAUGUAUGUAUGUCGAUUGUUGAAAAUAUUUUAAUUAUGUUCUAAAUACGUUUACAUAAUUAAUGUAGGUAAUAGUAAUUAGUAAUUCUAACUGCUAUUCGGAAUAGUGAUUUAAUGUAGCAAUAAUGUGUUAUUAGUGUUAAGUUUGGACCAAAACAAUACAGAUAAGCAUCUGUGAUCUGAUCAUAACCAAUAUUUUGAGUAUGAAAUAAACUCUCGUGUUUUUAAUUAUCUACUAAGAUGAGGACCGUGGAUUCCCAUCUCGUGGAUAAAAUGGAUGAAGCUGUAACUCAUUACAUCAAUUCCCAUCAUCCUGCCGAGGUUCAUGUGGAUACAAAUGGGCUCCCCAUCAAUGUGCAAGAUGACGGUGGAGGGAGAGUGGUCACUGUCAUGCAUUCCCAAGCAUAUACAUCACAAAUGUGCAGACAGGUGACGGUGAACGAGUCAGUGGGGGAGGGGCAGUGGGGAGAGGAGCUGCUGGACACGGACGGGCGGCUGGCCGCGCUCGUGGCGCAUCUGUCCCGGGCCUCCCAUCAUCACUCGUCACAUCAUAAGAUGCCUGCAGUAAGGGACAUGGACACAUCGGUGAUUCUUGAUGCUCCUAUGAGGAUCUUCAAUGGACAAGCAUUGGACCCACAAGGAGAGAGCAUAAUAGUAGAAGUGCCCCAGCUGUCGCCGCUGCCGUCGCUGCAGGACAUGAAGCGCUGCCAGGGCGCCGACUGGUUUAACAAAACCAAGGGCAUUCUUAAGGACAACACGCCAAUCCUGCCUGAGCCGGAGCCGGUGUUGGACAUGGGCGCGAGUGCGUCUCCCGCUAACAAACACAGCAAGAAGAGCUUGCCGCACAAGAAGCGGAUAUCGAGGAAACUCAAGCGGAACAACGGCGGCAGUACUCCGCACCAGGACAUCGUUGUAAUAAACUGCACAGAGGAGGUCCCUCAGGAAGAGAUCCUCCCGGACAACUUCGUGGCGGCCGUGCAGCAUCCGGAACAACUGCAGGUCCAGGCCGACACGCAUCAUAUAGCUCACGAAAUGAGAGCGAUAUUCAUCUGUCAGCUGUGCGGGGAGUUCUACGGGGAGGAGCAGCUGAAGUUCUUCCACCAUCUGAAGCAGCAUUACGAGCCGCACUCCACCAUCAUCAUCGAGAAUCCUGUCCCCGUGCCAGAUCUAGGGAUUGAUAAGAUGACAAACACUUGUAUAGUGGACAACGUGGCAACACUCCCCGAUUCAAUCGUGGAGCUCUCCCUCGAAAACACUGUCCCCAAGACUAUGUUCCAGCCUAUAGACAAACACAUCUUAUACACGACAAGCGAUAAAACACUCAAUUACUCUGGCAAUAAGAUACAAUAUUCCGUGGCGGGGGAGAAAGACGGCGAACACGAUAAAACUGAUUUGUACGAGACGUUGGAUAAGUUGGAUAUGAAUUAUGAUUGUGCCAAAUGUCAUAAGUCGAUGAAGAAGCACCAUAGACCGUGUGAGACGCAUUCGAAGGAGAAUAGCAGUAGUAAGUUGGAGGACAUGGGCGAGUUCAGCGAGCCAGAAGACUUGAUGGAAGGCAUCCACGUGUCGGUAGAGGAGAAUGGGGAACAGUACCCGGGGAGUAUCCUGCCCCAUCUCACCGUGGAGAACGGACAUGUGCACCAGGACCACGUGCGGACAUGGUACAUGCGCGCGGCGAAUGGCCCGUCGCCGGCCGCGUCCCCCGGCCGCUGCCCCGUGUGCCCCGCGCGGGACCACGGCCCCUACGACCACGAUAAUGCGCCUAGGCAACUUAAAGAGGAGAUUCUCCAACGGAUGCUAGAAGUGGAAGUGCCCAGCUCAGAAACAGAAUUUACCCACAACAUUAUGCCGGAAGAGGAGCUGCCCCCCCCUCCCGCGCAGCUACAGCCGGCCCCGCAAGCCGUCCAAACGCAAAGUGCACAAACUCAAACAGCCCAACACAUCCAGAUGCACUCGAUGCAAUCCCGGACGCAAAAUAACCAAACGCAAAAUGCCCAGAAUAUUGUGCAAACCCAGGCACAGAUACAGCCGCAGAGCUCUCAAAAUAUUCAAAUUAAUUCGGUGCAAUCAUUGAAUGCGACCCAAACGACGACUGACGCUGAUAAAGCGUUAGCGGGUAUUAAGGAACAGGUCCCGGCGCAGUCUAAGAAAGGUGCGAAGCGGUUCGAGUGCGUGAAGUGCGGGCGAGUGCUCAAGCACAGGAACAGCUUGCUGUACCACAUGCUGUCUCACUCUGGCAAACAGCAGACCUGCAGGGACUGCGGGAAGGAGUUCUACACUAUGUCCGCUUUGAAGGCGCACCGCCGCGUGCACAACGACGACCGGCCGUACCAGUGCGACCAGUGCUCGCGCGCCUUCCGGCAGUGGAGUGUGCUCAAGUACCACCAGACCUCGAUACAUUCUAAACAGAAACUGUUCAAAUGCGAUUUCUGCAACAAAGAGUUCGCUCGCAAGUACUCGCUGAACCUUCACAGGAGAAUCCACACGGGCGAGUAUAACUACAAGUGCGAAUACUGUAACAAGAGUUUCCGAGCUUCAUCCUACAGACAGACGCACAUGAGGACGCAUACAGGUGACAAACCCUACAAGUGUGAAGAGUGCGAAAAAUGUUUCCGCGCCACUAGCGACCUCCGGCGGCACAUCAAGACCCACGAGAAAAUGCGGAAUCGGCUCGAGGAGAAAAACAAACCAAAGCCCAAAGACAAAGACAAAAAACCCAAAAGCAAAGAUGUUAAAACGACAGAAGAGACGAACAAUACUAUAAACAUCAAACUGGAACAAAAAACUGAGAAGCCAACGAAAAAUUACGCCGCAGCGUCGACAACUAAAUCCGCCACGCUCAAGAACGUAGAAAAAAUCAAAGUCACAAAAAAAGUUCACAAAAAAGAUGGCGUCCCAAACGUCACUGUCACGAAUAACGGACACAAAAUGGGCGCAGACUACAACAAUGUUGAAGUGUUCGAUACCAGGCAAGGAAAUGUCGAAUAUAAAUUCAAAGAUGUAUACAGUGAUCAUACCGAGUUCAAAGACGAACACAUAAAUGUUCCUUAUAAAAGUAAUGUAAUGUACAAAGAUGAUGGAAUUAUGAAAGAAGAAAGAGAUUUGGCUAUACUCAGACCAAUCUAUAGGCCCGGCGGGCCUAGCGACCAUCAUGAAGCGGAAAAGGUCAUUAGAACCGAGAAUACAGACGGACAAAUGCAAAUUUUUACACAUGUCGAAAAGAGUAAGGAGUACAGCGCUUUAGGAGUGAGCAGGACAGAAACAAUUACGAAUGGAGAGGAAAAUGCGUUCUUAGAGAGACUGACAGCGUUGUACAAUAUACCAGCUAUAUGAAAAUAGUUUUAUAGAAAUAUUACUGAAACGAAGUAAUAUUUUGAGCUCGUAGUCGUAUUCCUGGUGGUCAGUACGUGGAAUGAAACACACACAACAACUUUCUUGGCACUAUUAAUGGAGUGGUUUGCCAUUAAAUUUUCCAUUUCACACACAAGUUAAUAAUCAACCAGUGUGCAGGUUUCCUCACGAUGUUUUCCUUCGCCGGAAGCAAGUGGUGGUCGAUGAAAACUAUACAUGAGUCAGAUUGGUAUACAAACUCAUGUGGCACGAGUAGGCUACGAACCUAAGACCUUUCGAUCCACGGGCGUCUUAACCAUUACACCACCGCCGCUUCAAAGUUUAUGAGCUUUAAAACUUAUGUAAAUUAGUACUAUAAUAAGUAGCCAAUUAAGAAGGUACCUAAUUAGUUUCGGUAUUUAUUUACGAGAUAAUGAAAUGACUUAUAUUUACAUUAAGAGUUAGUAUAGUAUGGUAGGUAUCAAUUUUUAAGUUUUUAGUUAAUGUAAAUCUACUUACUUUUUUACUAUAUUUAUACAGGGUUAUGUUUAAAACACCAGUAACCUCUGUACUAGAUAGCCGAUAUCAUAAACAAGGAUGUUUGUACAACGAGUUUUGAUAAUUCGUUAAUAUUUUUUUACUUUAAUACCGGAAUAUUUUUUUGUUUAAUUAUCUGUUGUAAUGUUAACACUCAAUGUAGAUCGCGGCGAUGCUAGGGCGACGCUAACGCGAAGGCGUAAACAAACGUACGAAUAUAAGGACAGGACAAUAAUAACUUCAAAAAUCCAAUAUUUUUGGUUAUAUUCAAACUCGUAGAACAAACGUUGUUGUUCAUGAUAUCGGCUUUCUAAUACUGCGAGUUUGGAAACAUCAGUAACCAUGUUUCAAAACUCACCCUGUAUAUGAAUCAAAUUUUAGAUAAUAUUUUGUUGAUAUGUGCGCGACUUUACAUCUCAUCAUCGAGUCGAUUCGAAGACACGCAGCGAACCAAUCACAGUACGCCGUUGUGACGCAACGACAGCUAUCGCAAUGUGAUUGGUUCGCUGCGUCUCACUUCGAUAGUGAGAAGCGAAAUGCGAGCCCGCACUUCGCCCUCUGUAUACGCUAAUGGGUCAGACCAUUUAAUCAAAAUUUUAGAAUAUACCUCAAGUGAUUGCGCACUUUAUUAACUUCCAAAAUGUGGUUUCCAAAAAAUUACAAACUAGUCUGACAAGUGAUAUAAAGACUGAAUUUGGAAACUGUAUUUACAGGACCACGUUAUAUCCUUACGUAUUAUAAAAAUAAGUCCCAUUGUCGACUGUCUGAAAGCGAUAAACUCGAAAACCACCGGACUGAUUUUUGUGCGGUUUUCACCAAUAGCUAGUGUGAUUCCUAAGGAAGGUGUAGGUAUAAUUUUUUAUGGUUUUACGCGAUCGAAGAUGGGACGAUAGUUUGGUACAUUUGAUACAAACAAAUUGAGGAAUUAACCAACCACAAGUUGAAUUUUAACAACACAAGUAGUGGCCUUUAACAAGCAAUAAUAAAACUAAACGUUUUCCCUAUAUAUCUCUCUACAGUCUCUACAUAUCCAUAGCAUUCCUAGUUUCUUAACUCCUUAUAGCUAUAAAGUUUUGGAGCUUGAAAUCCGCUCUCCGUCUCUUGCUCCUACGCAUAUCUUCUUGUAUUGUGUCAACUCGAUCAUUACUUCUGCUAAUGUAAGCAUCACAUGAAAAUAAUAAUCUUUGUUUUAUAUAAUUGAAGUUAUAAAAACAUAUUUACUAUAAUUAAUUGCAGCAUAAUAAAGUCACCAAAUUAGUUAAAUAUUAUCAUGUUUAUUGUGUUAACUACCUCAUCCAUUUUAAGUGAUGACAAUAAUUAUCAAAAAAUACAUUUAUUUCGUACUCGAUUUAAAUAUUUUCACAAAAUAUGAAGAAAAUGUGGUGAACGGUGGUAGUGGCUGUUGCGGACGCUUUUAUAUAUUUUGGGCUUACAAGGGUUGUUUUUUAUUUAUAGGAAAUAAAAAAAGUACUUAUAAAUAACUUGAUCCUCACUAAUAAAUAAUUUCAUAAGUUAAAGAUAUUCCAAUAAUUUAAAUACCUACGAAAGCACUUUAGUACGACUUUGUUAUAUUUACAUCUCACCAUCGAGUCGAUUCCAAGUGAGAUACAGCGAACCAAUCACAUUGCGCAAUUGACGCAACGACAGCCACACCGCAAUGUGAUUGGUUCGCUGCGUUUUACCUCGAAUUGACUCGAUAGUGAGUAGUAGUAGUGAAAUGCAAACCCGCACAAAGCUCUAAUUUCUGCUUUCGACAUAGAAAACAGUAGACAUUGACAUGUCUACCAUUUCACUCAUACAAAAGAGACACCCGAAAAAUUCACGAGAAUAAUACAUAAGGCAAUAAUUGGAUAGUUCUGUCUCAUGUGGCUACAUUCACCCCAGGGUGGACUCUAUGCUUUUCUUUGUCCUUUGUUUUACACAUUAAUUCUUACAUUGGUGUUAUGCGCGGUUUUUUAACUUGUGUUAUUUCAUUUAGAUAAUAAUACCAACACUAUCGAUAAUCCUAUAUUGUGAAUAGUCGAAGACACAGAAAAGUAAGGACGAGCUAGGUUGCGCAGCCAAAUCUCCCCGGUGCUUCAGUACGGUUAGCAGCAUUGUUGCUGAUACAUAUCGUUGCUUGUUUUGUACACUGUACUAGAGUGUUGUUUUCAUCAUGAAGCUAUAAGUAAGACUGGAGCCAGUACUCCUAGGAAAUUUUUGAUGCAAAGUAUGAACGAGAUAGCAAUGUAUGUAUUGCUAUCUCGUUCAUCGGUAGACCGACCUCUAAUUCUUAUGUAAUGUGAGGCAUGUACAGGUAUAGUUUAUACCUUUCAGCGCGCAAGAAGGAAAGGUUGGGCUAGUGAUGAAAGGGAUAGCAAUACGUUGUAUUUUACAGACGUAGAUGUGUUAUCGAGUACUGUUUUGUAAAUAAAUUUACGUGGUGAUAAUUUUGUAAAUAUUUGUAAUUUAUCAUAAAAGAUCAAAUAAUGUAACACAAUGAGUUUGUCGUUAAA